GCCCUGCAGCAGGAGCUGGAUUUCGGUGCCUACCUGGGCUUGGCCGCUCACCUGGUGCCGCUGCGGGGCCGCCACAACCCCAACCUGGCGCGGGGGCUCAGCGCCCACCUGCACAGCGGCCACCACGCCACACAGUUCUGGGUCCAGGUCCCGCUGGUGCCGCCCGAGGACGGCCGCGAUGACGUCAUCGCCAACGAGGCCCCGCCCACCGGAAGUGACGAGGAGAACACGUGGGAGUGGUGGCACAACUUCCGCACCCUGCUCGACUACAACAAACGGGUGGCGCUGGCGCUGGAGAUCGGGCCGGACCUGCCGUCGGCCGAGGCCCUGGCGCGCUGGCUGGGCGAACCCGUGCGCGCCGCCUUCCUCCCCACCCGCCUCUUCCUCACCAACAAGAAAGGGUUCCCCGUGCUGGGCCGGGGCCACCAGCGCCUGCUGGGGCAGCUGCUCAAGCUGGACGUGCAGCUGAUCGUGCAGGGCAGCCCCCGGCACGGCGGGCGCCCCCUGGCCGCGUACCUGCAGUACCUGGAGCACCUGGGCCAGCACCGGCCCCCGCCCUCCGCCUACGAGCUCUAUGCGAGGGGGUACGAGGAUUAUCUGCAGAGCCCAUUGCAGCCCCUGAUGGACAACCUGGAGUCUCAGACCUACGAGGUUUUCGAGAAGGAUCCAAUCAAAUACUGCCAAUACCAGCAGGCCAUCUUCAAGUGCCUGCAGGACCGAGUGCCCGAGGCCGAGCGGGAGAGCAACGUGCAGGUGCUGAUGGUUCUGGGUGCCGGGCGGGGCCCGUUGGUGUCGGCGGCGCUGAGGGCGGCCAGGAUGGCCGGGACACGAGUGAGGAUCUACGCCGUGGAGAAAAACCCAAACGCCGUCGUCACGCUGGAGAACUGCCAGUGGGAGGAGUGGGGCUCGCAGGUGUCGGUGGUGUCGCGGGACAUGCGGGGCUGGGCCGCGCCCGAGCGCGCCGACCUGGUGGUGUCGGAGCUGCUGGGAUCCUUCGGGGACAACGAGCUGAGCCCAGAGUGCCUGGACGGGGCCCGGGGCUGCCUCAAAGAGGACGGGGUGUCCAUCCCUCAGUCCUACACCUCGUUCCUGGCCCCCGUCUCCUCCUCCAAGCUCUACAACGAAGUUCGGGGCUGCCGAGAGCACGACCGGCACCCGGAGGCGCAGUUCGAGACCCCGUACGUGGUGAGGCUGCACAAUUUCCACCAGGUGGCGCCGCCCCUGCCCUGCUUCACCUUCCAGCACCCAAAUCCAGAUCCCUGCCCUGACAACAGCCGCUACACGGAGCUGAGCUGGCGCGUCCAGGUGGGCACCGUCCUGCACGGCUUCGCCGGCUACUUCGAGACGCGGCUCUACGGCGACGUCACCCUCAGCAUCCGGCCCGAGACGCACUCGCCGGGUUUGUUCUCCUGGUUCCCCAUUUUCUUCCCCAUCAAGCAGCCGGUGCCGGUGCGGGCGGGGCAGGAAGUGGGCGUGGCCUUCUGGCGCGUGGCCACGCCCAGCAAGGUGUGGUACGAGUGGGCGGUGACGUCACCGCUUUGCUCCGCCCUCCACAACCCCACGGGGCGGAGCUACACCAUCGGCCUGUGAGUGAUUGACAGCUGGAGGGGGCGGUGACGUCAUCGCUUUGCUCCGCCCUCCGCCACCCUCAGGGGGCGGAGCUACAGCCUCGGCCUGGGAGUGAUUGACAGCUGGACGGACGGACGGAAUAAAGAGAGACAGACGGAAA